CACUUCCGGGUUCAGCGGUGCGGAGGAGAGGCGUCGCGUUGAGGGCGCAGCAUCCAGAGAUACAAAGAGGACGGCGACAAUGGCAGAUAUAUCUCUGUAUCUCACCAACGUUAAUGUGUCGAUAGGACAGAACAUGGAGGUGCAGCAGGUUCAGAGCCCUGUUGGGGGCUUUGAGAGUGUGGAGCUGGGGGAGCUGGACCGGAGAGAGGAGCAGCAGCGGAGGGAGAAAGCCCCCCGCAGGAUCAUCCACUUCUCCAGCGGGGAGACCAUGGAGGAGUACAGCACCGACGAGGAGGAGGGGGAGGACAAGGAGCCGGAGCGGGAGGACCUGCUGUCCUCCUCGGUCGAUGCGGUGAGGUCAAAGUUGACCUGGGGUCCAUACGUGUGGUUUCACAUGUGGAGAGCUGCCAACUCAACCAUCUCAGCCUGUGACUACCUGGGAGAGAGGAUGGCCUCCCUCUUCGGGAUUACAUCGGCCAAAUAUCAGUAUGCUAUCGAUGAGUACUACAGGAUGAAGAAAGAGAGGGAGGAAGAGAAAGAGGAGACCCGCCUGUCAGAGGAGGCAGAACGAUCCUUCGAACAGGAGCUCUCUCAGGAAGAAGAAGAAGAAGAAGAAGAAGACGAGCCAAUCACCAUGAGCGAUCAGCAGGAGGAAGCCCCGCCUCCUCUUGAUGUGACCUAUCAGAUCGAGAAUGAGAAUCGGGCCCCUUCCAGCACCUUCACAGUCCCUGUUUUGGUAACGGCAACUUAACUGACCCUAGCGAUGGACAUUUGCGCUGUAAUUUCUGUGUGUUUGUUAAAGGAGGAACACCGUCUUGUUUCACAGAGCACCGUUUGGUUUGUGUACGUCCACACGGUUCAUGAUGGGCGGUGCUGCUGCAUUGUGGGUGUUUGGCCAGGACAGCAGUGGUCCCUUUGCAACAGUGUAGUAAUUGUUAAAGUAACUGCUGGAUAAUGGAGCACCAUAUUUGGACUUCAGUAUGAGAAUGUAUCAGAACAUUUUACAUUAUGUGCCAAUUUAUCUGCCAAUACAUAGGUUUGUUUCCAUCGUCUAGUACGCCAGUUUCCAUUACGGUAGCACUUUCUAUGACGCCCAUGUCUGUAAUGCAUUUUUAACAUACUCAUAAUGUGUUAUAAUGGGCUUUUUUAUUUAUAAGGACUAAAUAAGAAUUUAUAACAUUUUAACUAAAACCAUAACCUAUAAUGAACAGAGUUCCCGUGAAGAAUUGGUGUUAAUUGGUAUCAAAAUGUCUUAAGAACGCUCAACACAGGAAGUAGAAGUUUAUCAAUUGUGUCGCAUUUUAACAUUUCAAAAUAAUAGGUAAAUUAUUGGUAAUUCUCGAAAUGUGCUUAAGCUUAAGGAUAUCUUUAUGACUUUUGCUGGACGUCUUCAUACAGUAUAUCAUAUUAUUGUCUGAUAUUCCAAUACAGUUAAAUCUUUAAAUAAUGCAUUAUAAUGCUUUGUUAAGUGGUCAGUGUUUGCUUUAACUAAAGUGAAAAGAAAUCAUAAAAUCUAUGCAUGAACAACACACACAUUAUGAUUUGUUUUUAACUUUACUUAAAGCAACAAUAAGCACUUGAGUCACUUAUAAUGACAUUAACAGUAAGUACAAUACAUUACUUAGAUGGUAUUGUAUUAAAGCUAUGGGAAUCAUAUCACACUGCAAAAAGAUAGGUUAGAAAAAUGGGUUCACGUGCUUAAAACUAUUAUUAUGCUGUUUUCGAAUCAAAUUAUAACACAUUAUACUAAGUAUUGAAAGUCGCCCAGUAGCGGUUGCAUUAUCAGUUGCUACAGCAGCCUCUUGUAGGUGAACGUCUGCUGGUCAGUGAAGGUUACAUGUUGCUCCCUGUGCCUCUGAUCGACCGGACACUGUGCCUAAAUCACCAACACAGCCAAGUCAGUGACCCAUCUGGACAAAGCAUAUCUUUCACAAUGAUUUUUAAGUGUUUGAAGAUUUAAAAUAACCCAUUGGUUGAAGUUUGCAUGCACAUCAACUGUUUUGUCCAGAUGGGGUCAAACUGGUGCAUUGUUGCUUGCUACACCUGGCUGCACCUCCCUCACAUGUUCAUUUUCUCUCUGUGUUUUUGUAUUGAUGCUUAUUAAGCGUGUAUUGCACUCGAUGUCUGUGUGGAAGCACUGACUGAUUUUAGCCUUGGUUAUCAAAUCAUCUGUGGACUACGAGAAGGACCAACAUUUUGUUUUUGAAAAAAACAUGAAAACGGGUUUUAUUUGUUCUGUGUUGCUCUUAUUAUCCGCCUUAUCUACUAAGGACAUAGUGGAUGUGGUGUGUGAAGCCUUUGAUAAUGGCAGGGAGCAUUGCUACACCAAGUCUUUAUGAAGACUAUAAAAACAGUUUUUAGUAUGACUUUUGAUAUUUAAGUAUUUAUUUGACUGAACUGACGGAGCACUUAAUUUAAGCAUAUUUUAUAUUGAUUUAUUUAUUAACACUGUAAUUAACUGUUAAUAAAAUCUAAGUUAUUGUC